CCAGGUUUGUACAUUUAUCAAUAUCGAGAGCGAGGAGGGAUACAAACAUUCAUAUAGUUUUUUAAAUUAUAUAAACGCGCACGUAGGCGGUGAAAGACGUCGACGACGGCGGAGCCUGACGUCGGUCGAAUUCAAGAUGCAACGAUUGCUGCAGAAGCGCUUCCUCUCGACGCCCACUGUACGCCCCCUAUGGAUGCUUCGCUACACGUAUGUGGACGGGAUGCUCGAGAAGCGAGAUCCGUUCCGUGGCGACCAUCUGCGCCACGUUGAGAUCCAUUCUGCCGGCUCCCACACCCCAAAAGUCCUCCUCGCCGGAGCAUUUGCCAACCCUGUCGACGGCGCUGCGUUCGUCUUCGACGCGAAGGACGCCGGUCAAGUUGAAGCGUUUGCCAAAAAGGACCCAUAUGUGAUCAACAACCUCGUGACCAAGUUUGACGUCCGUCCAUACAACGUUGUGUCGUUUGAGAAAUAAAUCCAACCUUCUUGCGGGUUGCCUUCCCCUUUGACGGUCACUACUACUACGUAGUUGUACAUCUUCCUACCGGCCACCCCAAACCUCCAACAUCUUGACGACACGUCAUGGCGGACAUAGACGCUGGGGAUGCG